AGAUUGUUUGAAAUCUCAGACUUCACCUUGCAUUCCCUGUUAAACCUUGGCGGCGGGACUCGGCUACACCGGGCAGAAUGCACGACUGACUGGUCGCUGGAUUGAAGUGGAGAUUCAUAGACUCGUAUCCAGUAUUAAAUUUUCCUCUUGUUUUUUCUUUUGCACAUUUUUUUUCGCUCGAGAGGAAUGUUUUAGUUGAACGUCGCGGGGUUUUUCUUUUUUUGUAAAAGCGCCGCACUCAAAAAGGUGAGUUUACCUGUUGCAAUGCAACAGCCUGCAGCCUAAAAGGAGAAUAAGAGAAACAUCGCCUCCUCGUUACUGGGAAGAAGCAGGGAAGAAUCUCGGGAUUAUUGCCGAGGAAAAACAAGCUCUGCUGUUGGACGGUGGCAGAAUGACGUCUUCCAAUGAUUAUGGAGCCACUUCCUGGGAGCUUAACGUUCAGGUGGAUCAGCCAAGUGAAGAUUCACCAUUGGACUUCAAGCUGAGAGUAACAGGAGACUUUCAUGUCGGUGGAGUCAUGCUUAAAUUAGUGGAACAAAUCCCUGUGCCGCAAGACUGGUCGGACCAUGCUCUUUGGUGGGAGCAGAAGAAAUGCUGGCUUCUGAAAACUCACUGGACAUUGGACAAGUAUGGAAUCCAAGCCGAUGCCAAAAUACAUUACACACCGCAGCACAAACUAUUAAAACUACUGCUGCCCAACAUGAAGACCGUAAGAUUAAAAGUUAGCUUUUCUGCUGUCGUCUUCAGGGCAGUGGUCGAUAUCUGCAAAGCUUUGAAUAUUCGGAGGCCUGAGGAACUUUCGCUGAUGAAACCGCGAAAAACUAUCUGUAAAAAGAAGAGUAAAGAAAAGAUCAAUACACAUCCAAUUAAUGAAGAUAUUUUAGACUUGGAUCAGACGCCAUUAUCCCCAGGAUCAAUAGCGAGUCCUGGGCUGUACAGCAAGACCAUGACCCCCACCUACGACCCCAUCAACGGAACGCCUCUGUCCGCCACAAUUAUGUGGUUCAGUGACAGCCCACUGGCUGAACAAAACUGCAAUAUCUUGGCUGUUAGCCAGCCGAACCUUACCCCAGACGUACUGGCCAAAAUGUACCGACCACAGACUCAAGUUGACAAGGCAAAGAUAAACGCUGGAUGGCUAGAUUCGUCACGUUCACUGAUGGAACAAGGCAUCCAGGAAGAAGAUAAGCUCCUGCUGCGUUACAAAUACUACAGCUUCUUUGAUCUCAAUCCAAAAUAUGAUGGGGUACGAAUAAACCAGCUGUAUGAGCAAGCACGGUGGGCAAUUCUCUUGGAAGAAAUCGACUGCACUGAAGAGGAAAUGUUGAUGUUUGCAGCAUUGCAGUACCACAUAAGCAAGUUGUCGCUACUAUCUGAACCGCAAGACUACACGAACGAGCAAGAUGUGGAUGAAGUAGAGGCCGCUCUGACCAGUCUUGAGGUGACUCUUGAAGGUGGAAAAAUUGACAACAUUUUGGAGGACAUAACUGACAUCCCAAAGUUAGCAGAUUAUCUUAAAAUGUUUAGGCCUAAAAAACUGCUGCUGAAAGCCUACAAGCAGUACUACUUCAUUUUUAAAGAUACAUGUCUAUCGUACUUUAAGAACAGAGACCUUUCGCAAGGAGAACCAAUUGAACAAUUGAACUUGAGAGGAUGUGAAGUAGUGCCGGACGUCAAUAUAGCUGCGCAGAAAUUUGGGAUCAAGCUGCUGAUUCCUGUGUCUGACGGCAUGAAUGAAAUUUACAUAAAAUGUCAAAAUGAAAUACAAUAUGCUAAAUGGAUGGCUGCCUGCCGGCUGGCUUCCAAGGGCAAGACCAUGGCUGAUAGCUCAUACCCCAUGGAGAUUUAUAACAUUCAGUCGUUCUUGAAGAUGAAGGAUGUCAAUUCUGCCCCUCAGCUGAUGCACGGCCCAACAGAAAUGGAUAUGAACCCUGAAUCUCUCGUCUCUCCCCGAUUCUUGAAGAAGUUCAAAGCCAAACAGUUGACAACACGCAUCCUGGAAGCGCAUCAGAAUGUGGCACAGAUGACGUUGGUAGAAGCCAAGAUGAGAUUCAUCCAGGCGUGGCAAUCGCUGCCAGAGUUUGGACUUUCAUACUUUAUAGUCAGAUUCAGAGGAACCAAAAAGGAUGAUUUGCUGGGCAUUUCCUACAACCGAUUAAUAAGAAUUGAUAUGGCAACAGGAGAUCCUAUCAUAACUUGGAGAUAUAGCAACAUAAAACAGUGGAACGUCAAUUGGGAAAUUAGACAGGUUGAGAUCGAGUUUGAUCAGAGUACAGCCAUAGCACUCACGUGUCUGAAUGCAGACUGCAAAACCGUCCACGAAUAUAUUGGAGGAUAUAUCUUUCUGUCAACGCGCUCCAAGGAUCAAAAUGAAACGCUGGAUGAAGAACUGUUUCACAAACUCACUGGGGGUCAGGAUUAAUGUUAAAGACCCUCCGAACUGCAGCACAACCUCAAGAACAGUUCAGGGAAAGGGCGGAGUCCAAAUAAAAUCAAUUGAUAAAUA